AUGCGAACGGCUAAUCUGCUGGACGCUGGCGCCCUAUUGGACGAAUUGGACGACCACGACUCAAGCGCCUUGAUUCUGGCCGUUAAAGCGGGUCGUUGCGCGGUCGUCAGGGGCCUGCUGGAGCUUGGCGCCGACGCGGGAGUCGAGGACGCGAACUGCCGCACUGCCCUACAUCAUGCCGCGGCCCUAUGCGCCCUUCCGAUCCAGGAGAUGUGCGGAGUCGAAAUGGCGCAGCUACUGGUGCAGGCCGGGGCGGAUGUGAACGCGGACGGGCGCAGAGUGGCGCCUGAUUAUAGCGGUCGGACGGCGCUCCACUACGCGGCCCAACUACUCGAAGGUGAGUGA